UCAAGCAUGGCUGUCUAGCGUGCCUGUCACUCCUAUUGUCCUCCCAAACUCUUUCAGACAUUUUGAGCAGAGAGUAUUAAAGCUAUGAGUUAGCAAGGGUUGUGACAUUAAUGGUCCAGAAAGGCUUUAGGCACGCGAGGCAAUGAUGAUUACCGGUGGCUCUUUGGAGGACUGCACUGGAUCGCUGUCAUUAAAAAUUAAGCGUGGCUUUUGAGGAAGAUGUGACAACUACCGGAGGUCUUUCCGCCAUUCCUCCAGGACUUCCACCAUAAGGAAAGGAGCCCCUGGACCAACAUCCUCUAAGAUGUUUAUAUGGACCAGUGGCCGGACCUCUUCAUCUUACAGACAUGAUGAGAAAAGAAAUAUUUACCAAAAAAUCAGGGACCAUGACCUCCUGGACAAAAGGAAAACUGUCACAGCACUGAAGGCAGGAGAGGACCGGGCCAUUCUCCUGGGACUGGCCAUGAUGGUCUGCUCCAUCAUGAUGUACUUUCUGCUGGGAAUCACACUCCUGCGCUCAUACAUGCAGAGCGUGUGGACCAAGGAGUCUCAAUGCACCUUGGUGAAUGCGUCCAUCACAGAAACAUUUAAUUGCUCCUUCAGCUGUGGUCCGGACUGCUGGAAGCUCUCUCAGUACCCCUGCCUCCAGGUGUACGUUAACCUGACUUCUUCCGGUGAAAAGCUCCUUCUCUACCACACCGAAGAGACCAUGAAAAUCAAUCAGAAGUGCUCCUAUAUACCUAAGUGUGGAAAAAAUUUUGAAGAAUCCAUGUCCCUGGUGAAUGUUGUCAUGGAAAACUUCAGGAAGUAUCAACACUUCUCCUGCUAUUCUGACCCAGAAGGAAACCAGAAGAGUGUCAUCCUAACCAAACUCUACAGUUCCAACGUGCUGUUCCAUUCACUGUUCUGGCCAACGUGUAUGAUGGCUGGGGGUGUGGUGAUCGUUGCCAUGGUGAAACUCACACAGUACCUCUCCCUGCUCUGUGAGAGGAUCCAACGGAUCAAUAGAUAAAAGCAAAAUGGAUGAGAUCAUUUUCUUUAAAGCUCAAAUACUGUUUUCUUUCAUUCUUCACCAAAGAACCUUAAGUUUGUAAUGUGCAGUCUGUUAUGAGUUCCUCAAUAUAUUCUUAUACAUAGAGCAAUAAUGCAAAAGCUGUUCUAUAUGCAAACAUGAUGUCUUUAUUAUUCAGGAGAAGAAAUAACUGUUUUGUGUUGGUUGUUUUCAUAAUCUUGUUUUGAUGCUGGAACUAGUACUUCCUUGUCUCGUUCCGCCAAAAUAGGGCUCAGUUAUUUAUUUGCCAAGCUUUGUGGAGGAAUGUAGACAAUAUCAAAGUGAUAAAGUCUGUGUUCUCAAUUGUCCAAUCUCUUGAAGACGUUUCUGCAAUAUUUUUCAUCAUUCAUUGUUUACUAAAGCUGCAGCCAAAAAUAUUCUUUCUUUUCUUACUCAAAACUGAGCCCUGUAAGCAAGUAAAGGGACCAGAUUUCCUAACUAAAGGAUGUUAAGCAUUUUCCUUAUAUUUCUACCAUAUCACUGUAAAGAAGGGGGGAAAUCCAGACAGUUAUUUCUCUUUUAUUAUUUUCUAUUCAUAACUUCAGAUUUUUUAACUGAUUUCCAAAAAAUAAGCUGUUUUCAUUAUCCAAUUCUAUAAUCUCUUCCUGUGAUUUAAAUAGAAAAUGAACAGAACCCUUUUCCGUUAAAGACCCUGCUACUGUGUGAGGAGAUAACACUUAACAAAGAGUUUCAUUACCUGUAAAUUGACUGAACGUUGAGUCAAUGUACCAUUGCCAACCAGGAAAGUCUAUGUCACUAAGAUAUUGAUGUGAAAAUCUUUAUUCUAUUUCAAUUGAACUGUUAGAUGGUAAAAUUCAGAUCCUACUUGCUGGUCAAGACUGGUGGACUGAUUUCAAUGGAUAAAUCUAUUGUGGCAAAUUAACAUAUUGGAAUGUUACUCUUUGGGAACUUAUUUUUAAAUGAGUGUGUAGUCUCUCUUUCUGACAAGUGUUCCCCAUUGGGAUUUUAAUUCUGUGUGCAGAGAAUAUUUGUC